AUGUGGCCAGACGAUCGUGCACCCUCGUAUGUAAAGGGGUCGUCGUUGCCCUUGCCCGAUUCCUGCGCGAGUUAUUUGCAAGUCCAGGCACCUGUGAUGGGAAGUGCCUUGUUACAGGUGACCCCUUUCUCGAGCCUGGCCUCUCCGUCACUCCUUUGUGGUCUUGCUGAACGCUGUGUAGGCGUGGAGUCGGUGCGGUCCCUGUUGGCCAGCCUCCAGGAGCGUCGGGAUGACCUAGUGGCGCUCCUGCCCAAGGAUGUGGCACAGGAGGCAGUCGACCGAUUCUUUCAAGCUGAAGAGGUGGUGGCGUUGCAAUUACGAAGUUUCGUGUUGAUGAACGCCGCCCGGGACGUGUGGGAGGUGCCCGAUGUGGGAAGGAUCUCCUUGGACCACUUCUCCAACACGGUUCAGGCACUCCGCUGGGAUGCCACCAGCUUUCCCAGCAGCCCAGCUGCGCCCUACCUGCAGAACCUUAAGGGGCAGAUCGAUGAGUUGGCUCGCCGGGUGCCCUGCGCUGGAGGUGGCUCGAUCCCUUUCAGUACUCAAUGCAUCUUCUGGGGCUGGGUGGAGGUCCGACUGAUGCAGGAAUGCUUAGAGGUGCUGGCCAAAUGUGGCCGCCGGAAGACUCCCGAGGCGUUGAUGUGCUUGGCCGAGGAUUUCCGCUCCAUCCAUCAAGCGGCUGAGCAACACUUCCGCUCUGAGGAGCAGGUGCUUUUCCGCCGGUGCGACUUGGUCACUUCGUGGCUUUUCGUGAUGAACGUGUUCAUACCUGAAUCUUCUUGCUUUGAAGCUAGAGAUUUAGAAGCUGAGCUUCGAGCGGCAGGAAGUGAGCUUGCUGGUGGAAGAUCACUCCUUUGGCUGAAGGACUCAGAGAUGAAGCAAUUCCGCAAUUCGGAAGAAUGGUUAGCAGCUCACGAGCUGAAUUGA